AUGUUCCGAUGUCAGCUUUCGAAAACGCUUCUUACGAUAGCAACGAUUCCUGCACUCAAGCUGUAUAUCCUGAGCAGCUCGCGUCUUCCAGCAGUCGCCCUUUUGGCUAGCAGGACGGACGAUAGCAUGGACUUGGACCAAACAUACAUUUACCACAUGUCCGUGUUUAAUCAAAUCAAGAACUUCAUUCGCAGCAGCCGCAAUAUAUCACUGUCUGGCAACAACAGCUCAGCAACAAGUGACGGUACCAGCCUUGACGAAGGAUUUACACAGCAAGACGUGAAAAAGUAUGAAGCUGUUGCUCGUCUUGUGGAAGAAGAAAACCUAGCCAAGCAACGACUUCCAAACUACGAAGGUUUAGAACGAUACAAAUUACUGGAUAAACUUGGAGAUGGCGCAUUCUCAAACGUAUACAAAGCAAUUGACCUGGAAACUAAAGAAAACGUGGCCGUAAAGGCUGUACGCAAAUUCGAAUUGAAACCACAGCAGAGAGCUAGCGUACUGAAAGAAGUUCAGAUUAUGCGAACCGUAAAGCAUCCGUGCAUUGUACAGCUCAAAGGAUUCAUUGAAACAAAAGGGUACUAUUUUAUUAUUCUGGAGCUGUGCGAUGGUGGCGAACUCUUCCAUCAGAUUGUACGUUUCACCUAUUUCAGUGAAGAUCUGGCACGGCACUGUGUACGUCAAGUAGCAGACGCGAUUCGGUAUCUACACGAAGAGAAAGGCGUUGUCCAUCGUGAUAUCAAACCGGAAAACCUUUUAUUCAACCCAAUCCCGAUUGCAGCACGCAGCUCCACACCGCCACCAUUACAGCCAGGGGAUGAUGACAAAGAAGAUGAAGGCCAAUUCAUCGAUGGAGUAGGUGGCGGUGGUAUUGGUCGUGUCAAGAUUGCCGAUUUUGGUCUGUCCAAAGUCGUAUGGGAUCAGUCGACGCAAACACCAUGCGGAACUGUCGGAUACACGGCACCCGAGAUAGUAAAGGAUGAGCGAUAUUCAAAAUCGGUGGACAUGUGGGCAUUAGGCUGUGUGCUAUACACACUGCUAUGCGGUUUCCCACCCUUUUAUGACGAAAGCAUCCAAGUGCUUACUGAGAAAGUAGCCAAGGGCCAAUACACAUUUUUGAGCCCGUGGUGGGACCCCAUCUCUCCAGAAGCCAAAGACCUGAUCGAACAUUUGCUCUGUAUCGAUCCUGAAGAACGAUACACCAUAAACCAGUUCAUGAAGCAUCCAUGGAUGCAGCAAAAGUCAUUCUCAAGCAGUAAAAAGAAGGAAGCAGUUACCGUGGAAGAACCAGCAAGUGGAGAAAUCACCAAGGCGCCCGAUAGUGCACAGCUGACACCCGUAGAACUUGAGGGCACAAGCCCCUUACGACCAAUGACCGAAGUCAUUGAUAUUCCAAAAGCCUCGCCCCCCGCCAAAGACGCACGCCGUCGAGAUAUCUUUUCAGGGCUGUCGUCUAUGAAAGAGAUCUUUGAUGUAUCCUACGCUGUACAUCGCAUGGCCGAAGAACGGUCGCGACGGAAAGAAAUUCGACGACGCCAGCAGCGCCAUGGCGUAGCACCUUUGCCCAACUCCUUGGGCAAUGCAUACAGUGACGACGAAGAAGAUGACAUUGAUAACCUGAACGACGACGGCACUACAGGCUCUUCGUCCAACAAUUCAUCGUAUGAUGACGAGAAUCCACGCAGCACCACCACUGCAGCAACAGUAGACUCACGUGGCAGCGCACCAAGUAGCAUGCUUCAAAAGAUCCAACGUGACCGAGUAACACAACAUUUGCGAUCGGAGAAGCCUCCGCCGCACAAGAGCGAGUCAAAGCGCAAUGCUCGCAGCAAGUCCAAACCGGUGUUCGAACUUAACAUGGACAAUGCUACGCUUCUUGGCAGACGACGCAAUUAUCCUGCUGCGGGCGCAGCGGAUGGCGAUGACGACGAGCGUUGA